AUGUGGGACGAUGAUGAUUUCUAUAGCUGUGUUGAUGUUAAAUCGAGCGCAUCAUUUCAAGACUUUUACGAUUCUGGUAGACUUAGUGAUUUUACCCCUGAUUCGUCAGAUACUGAUGAUGUGGAUUUUGAUGAUGAGGAUUUUUUAGUACGAAAUAUUUUAUUGAGACAUUAUGAAGACGGUAGUGGGAAACAGGAAAUUUUUGACGACAAUGAUGUUGGAAAUGAUGAGCGUCCUACAUUUAGGCAGCUGUUCUCUGUUUGGGUAACUAUUUGGGGAAUUUGUCAAAAUGCUGUCGAUGAUCUACUGUCUCUAUUUAGUAGUCAGUCUUGGGGAUUAGAUUUACCUAAAACGUGUCGGUCCCUUUUAAAAACUCCGCGUUCUGUCAAUGUAAAAGAUAUACCGCCUGGGAAAUAUCAUCAUUUCGGAAUUCUGAAUGGAAUAAUACGCAUACUAAAUUUAAUUUCAGAAUCAGACAUUCCAUUUGAGAUCUUUAUUUUUGUCAACAUAGACGGCCUUCCAAUCGCAAAAAGUAGUGGGAGCCAAUUGUGGCCAAUCCUAGCUAUGAUUUCAAAUAUUCACUUUCGACAAGUGUUUUGCGUUGGGCUUUUUCAUGGUAGUGAAAAACCGCAUUUCUCGUGUGAAUAUCUUGCCGAUUUCAUAUCUGAGGCACUAAAUCUAUGUAAUAAUGGUUUUACGUACAAAGGUCGCCCUCAUAUUUUAAAAAUUGAUGGUUUCAUAUGCGAUGCUCCUGCUCGGUCCUUCAUUUUGGGGUUUAAAAGUCAUUCUGGUUACUUUGGUUGCACGAGAUGCAUACAACAGGGAGAAUAUCUUGGCAGGGUUGUCUUUUUAGAGCGUGACUCUCCUGCGAGAACGGAUCAAUCGUUUCGGAAUCGCCAACAUGAAGAUCAUCAUGUCGGCGAUUCCAUUCUUGAAAGACUUGAUAUCGACAUGGUAAAGGAUAUCCCCCUUGACCCUAUGCACUUAGUAAAACUUGGUGUUAGUAGAAAAUUACUCUUGACUUGGAUUCGUGGCCCAUUACAGCACAGACUGCUCAAGUCGCAAGUUUUAGUGUUGUCAUCUCGAUUAGAGGAUUUACGAGAUUAUGUCCCAAAAGAAUAUCCGAGAAAAACCAGGUCAUUAAAAUUUGUUGAUCGAAUGAAGGCAACGGAACAUGGAUUUGUUCAUUCUUGUGUCGGUCCCGUAAUUUUUAUGGAUAUUUUGCCCCCUCGCGUUUUUAAUAAUUUCUUGGUUUUUCAUGUGGCUAUUACUAUUCUUUCAUAUCAAGAAUUUUGACAUACCCAGAAUGAUUACGCACGGGAUUUAUUAAAAUUUUUCGUGGAAGAAGCUGAAGAAAUCUAAGGGUCAGAAUUUUUGUCUUAUAAUGUACACAGCCUCAUACACCUUCCCGAUGACGUUUUGCGUUACGGCUCACUCCCAAAUUUUUCUGCAUUUCCAUUUGAGAAUUAUAUGCAGACUUUGAAAAAACUAAUAAGAAAGAGUGACAAGCCCUUACAACAGAUAGCGAAGCGUUUGGUAGAGUUGGGAAAUUUUGACUUUGCCAAAAACAAGAAGGAAGUGUCUGUUCACAAUCGUGUUUUCCGUUUCGAGCAUGACAAAGGCCCCUUACUGCCCGGUCUCUGCUUCCGUUCAAUAAUCCAGUACAGGGAAUUGAGGGUGGGUCCAUGGCAUUUGACUUGUAAAAUUCCGAAUUCAUGUAUCUAUCUGAAGGAUAUGACUGUCUUUUGCAUAGAAAACAUUAUUAAAACAGAGAACAACUCUUUAUUUAUUGGUCGGCGAUUCAAUCAAACAAGUGAUCUCUACUCUUAUCCUAUUAGAUCUUCUUGUUACCACAUCUAUUCUGUAAGUCUUUUAUCUGAUCGCUUAGAGGCCUUGCCAAUAGAUUUGUUUCAAGUAAAAGCUGUUCAACUUCCUAUUCCUUCACGAAAUGGAUCUUUUGCAGUAUUUCCUUUGCAUUUUGAAAAUCACCAUUAAGUUUAAUGAAUAAAUGUAGUAUUUUGUAAAUUUUUUGAAACCUUUUUUUGCCUAAAUUUGCAAUUGUCGAGGAUAUCACUGAAGAUGUUGAUGAUGUUGACAAGUGGGUGGAAGUUGUAUGUGAGAGUUGGUUUGAUGGUGAAUACUGUUUAUUUCCUCCGAAAAGCAAAGAAAAAUAUAUUACGACUUAUGUAAAAACAUGUCAUCAACCAGACUCAAGUUGGGUCAAAUAUCCUGCAAAAUUAAUCAAAACAUAUGCAUCUUACGAUGAAGCAAGACAAAAACUCAAUAAAGCAGUUAAGGGGGAUGAUCUGUGUACAACCGACGCAGAUGAAAGGAAAAAAACCAGAAAAUCGCGAAUGUCAAAAUUUUCCCGAGAAGAUAAAAAUGAAGAUGAUGACAUGGCAAUCAAUCGUUCAAAGAAAACAUCUUUUAAAAGAAUUCGGCAAUUCCCGGCUAGUGGCAGCGAAGACGAAAUGGCGAAUUCUCCUGUUCCGCCAAAACCACCAGCAAUUGCAUUAGCCAAUACCAAGCUUUCCUCACAAAGCAAUCUACAAUCUCAACGUUCUUGCAUCAAAAGAACAAAAAGUUUCCCAUCAAACAGUAAGAAGCCAACCAGAAAUGAGAAUGUGAGAUGCUUUCCUGAAAAGCAAACAGGUUUGCGAGAUACAACUAGCAAGCCAAAUGACUCGUUUAAAGACGACAGCGACAUACUUUCGUUUUCAGAUCGAACUCAUCAUUUUUCCACCCGAUAUCGUCCUGUAAAUUACGGGUAUUCUGUUCCAGAAUUUGGAGAUGAAGGCGAAUUUCAGUCAAUGGACACUGAUUUGAACCAGUCAAACAGUGAAAAUCCAGCAAACACCAGAAUUAAUCAUGCGAGACAUGGAUCUGAAAAGCAUAGUUUGCAACCUAAUACGUCCAGCAACAGCAUUGACACAAUUGAAGAUGAUGGUAAUAUUUCCAAAAAUAUUCAAUUACCGUUUUCAGGCCAAGCUGUGCAUUUUUCUACUAUACAUCGUCCAGUAAAUUACGGUUACUCUGUUCCAUCAUUAAGCGAUGAAGAAGACUCUACGGACACUUGGACUUCUGCUAUGGAACUUGAGAAAGCAAAAACCAAAUCGUUUCAUGAAAGUGACACCAAUCAUUCAGUUACUAAAUCAAAAUUAGCGCUGUCAUCAACAAGUAUGGCAGGGAAGUCAAAUUCAGACAAAGGAAAGAGUUUGUUACCAUCAUCCAAUAAUAAACAGCAAAAAAGUGCUUGAUCAGGAUCCCAGUCAGCUGUUUCUCAUCGUUUCCCCAAUGACAAAGUGGCUUGUGAAUCCCAACCCCAUUAUUCCCUUUACGACAAUGACAACGCAUUUCCGAGAUCCGAGCCAUAUCAUUCCCGGUACGGCAAAGCGUCUGCUGUUUCUCGAUCUCAAAACUCACUCAGAACCGUUAAAUUUCGAAAUAAUGAAACUUCGUCACAACUCUUACAUCGAGGCAUAGUCAAAGCAAACUUUGGAAUCCAGGAUAAUCAGAAGUUAACAAGUGGAUUAUUUGAACGAAUGAAGUGGAUGGAUUUGGCUCUUCAAAAGAAAAUUUUAAAUGAUGAGCCAGAGCCAGAUGGUUUUAAUUUCGAAAUCUUCCCUCUCACUUCAAUGUUGGAAUUUGAAGAAGUGAACGACCAGCUCAAGCCUUUUCAUGCUCGAAAAUCUUUAAAAGAGAAACUUGCAGUAAUUGGAGGAAAAAGUCCUGCAAGUGUAGUGAGGAAAAUCCUAAAAAGGUUCUGGAUAAGGAGUUCGGCAAGCAAUUUAGCUGGUACGGGCGAAGAGGAAAUUGCAGCUUGGGAUCCUCUCUUCUUGGAAAAAUAAUACUAGAAUCCGCUACUUCUAGUAAGACGUUACCCAUAACAGAAACAGACGCCAUUGACGCAGCAAUGUCUUGGCUUCGCCAUUUAAAGGAUAAGAAGACUAACGCUAAUUGAAACAUCAGCCCUAUCAACCGUGGUUUCCUCGAUCAACCAAGAACAUUACAUUUUAAUUAUUUUAGUUAUGAAUUUAGGCGAUUUCUUUAUUCAUUGUCUUUUCUUUUAAUUAACACAACUAAAUUGCAAUUAGCGGUUUUCGUGUUGAAUUUAUUCUGUUUGUAUUUAUUGUAAGAAAUACAGUUUCUCGG